UAACCCCAUUCGAUUCCUGAAAAAUCCAAGUAAAAAUCCUACUUUCAGCAUGACGCGUCUCGCCGCACUACCAUAAUAGGUAUGGAUGAACUUGUCCCCGAAACAUAAGUUUCUUGUUAUGUUGUCCCCGCCUGCUAUUAUGUUGGGUUACACAGAAACCCACAGGAAACCGUUGAUUUUCUUCCCUUCACCCCAGCGAAACGACCAUGCAUGCCAUCAGUAAGCCAAUAGACUGCCACGCGACAGCACAUUUUCGAAUUCCGUUGCAGACGCGUGGAAGUGUCGUGAAAAUUAUACAGAAAUCUACUGCCACACAACCACAAAAUGGAUACUCCUAGUGCAUUUAACUAAUGUUUAUACAUAUACCUACGUAACAAUAGUUAGACUUCAUUCAAUUUAAGUAGGCAAGUGAGUUAGGAAAUCAAAUUAACGAUAAACACAAAUCAAUCAAACCACUUUAGGGAGAUUAUAGAUAAAUUCAAAUUAAACCAUGGUGUUCAGUGUUUCCCAAACAACACACACAGUAAAAUGAACGUUGACCGAACCAAUAUUUUCAAGCAAUAUUUUAGCCAUGAAGAAGUGAAUCAAUAUUUAGCGGAUUUGGCGCAGAAUUAUGCAAAUAAGAUCGAAAUUUUCUCUCGCGCUAGCUCGUACGAGGGCCGUGAAAUACAGUCGGUUCGCAUCAGUCCGGACGUUCAGCGGAAAAAGUCCGUUCGAAGCUGUAUUCUAAUAGAUGCCGGAAUUCACGCUCGGGAAUGGAUUACAAUAUCGGUGGCCUUGUACGUGAUCCACCAACUGGUCGAACGCGAUGCAAUCAACUCUCGAGUGUUGCGGAAUUUCGACUGGAUCAUUCUACCCUUGCUGAACCCCGAUGGCUACGAGUAUAGCCGAGAACAUAACAAAAUGUGGCGGAAGACGAGGCGACCCCUGGGAGUGAACCGAUGCAUCGGAGUGGACUGCAAUCGAAAUUUUAACGUUUCGUGGGGAAUCGGCAUACCGCGGUUCUGUUCGCUGUUGUUUCGCGGCGAGCGGCCAUUCUCCGAGCAGGAAACUCGUAACGUGCGGGAUAUUUUCCGAAAGAUUAGACCCAACUGUCAGUUUUACCUGUCGAUGCAUUCGUACGCAAAAGCGAUUCUUUAUCCACGGGCAUACUCAAGAACUCUACCCAUCAACUGGAAGCAUCAACACGAGGUCGCCCAGGCCGGCGCCAAUGCCAUCCUCCGUGCUACUGGACAGAAAUAUCGCUGCGGCAGUGCUUCGUCUAUUCUCAACUUUGCUGUCGGAGGAUCCAGCAUCGAUUACGCUCACGAUAUCGAGAAGAUCCCUUUCGCUCUGGUGAUGGAAAUCGCCAGCAAGGGAUUUCAUCCACCGAAGACCAAUAUCAGCCGGAUUUGCGACGAAACCUGGAUCGGCAUUCAAGCCAUGGUCAUGCAGAUGGCCAUCAGUCCGAAAGUUUCUUUCACUCGGAGCAAAACUACACUGUAGGAGUUGAGAGGUGUUUUUUUUUUAUUAAUUAUAUACUUUUACAUCCUGUAUGCCAGUGUUUGUCAAAUCUACUCUUUGUAUCAUUGAAAGAUAGCAGAAAAAUGAAAUGAUCUUCAUUUGUCUUUACACCAGUCAAACUAUAGUGUCCGAUACGAUAAUUUGAACAGAAAAUAUAAUAGUUUCGAUAACUAAGAGCAAAACAAUGUUCCGAUGGGUUGGGGAUGCCUAAAAUGUUCCACUAAAUCUGUCACGCAUUCCUGAAUGGGUGAGGCUUAUUUUGUCGCUAGUUCAUGUUUUAGUCUAAUUACUAAAUGCUAGUUGCUAUCCUCCUAACUGGAUUUCUUAUGUUUCCGUGGAAUCCACGUUCUACACGCGUCUCAGCUACACUGCACACUUUA